GCCAUGAACAUGGUUUUUCAUAACUUUGUGCGGAAGACACGUCUGGCGCACAGUAUCAUCAACUAUUGCGUGAUUGUGUACAUGGAUGAUAUUCUGGUGUAUUCGAGUUCUUACGAGGGGCAUGUGCAGCACAUCGAAUGGACGCUGCAUGCAUUAAGGGAUGCCGGUUUCAAAGUGGCGCUGGAGAAAUGUCAGUUCUUUCUCACCACCAUUUCCUUUCUGGGACACGUGGUGACAGACCAGGGACUCAGACCGGAACCGCAAAAGGUGGCAGCUGUGAGAGACGCGCCUGUGCCCACGACUAUCACGCAAGUUCGCGCCUUUCUGGGCCUGGCCUCGUACUACCGAAGGCUUAUCAAGGGCUUCGUGGCUAUUGAGGGUCCCCUCACGAAUCUGCUGAAAAGGGAUCAACCGCCGAUUUGGACGCCAGAGUGUGAUCAAGCGUUUUCGAAACUCAAGGCAGCCCUUAUUUCGGUUCCGGUCCUUAUAAGGCCGGAUCCUGAAAAACCUUUUGUCCUCAUCACGGACUGGCAGCCGGAGGCAAUCUCAGCGAUCUUGGCCCAGGUGGGACCAGGCGGACUCGAAUGCGUGGUGGAAUACGCGUCUAAGUCGGUGUCUGCCUGCAAGCACAAUUACGCUGCCCCAACAGGAGAAUGCUAUGCGGCUCUGUGGGGGAUCAGUCACUUUCGAGCCUAUCUUUAUGGGCGGAAGUUCACGCUGGUCACCGAUCAUGAGCCAUUAUUAGCCUUGAAGAAAUCUAAGGAUUACUCGGGCAUGAUCGGGAGAUGGGCAACGGUGCUACAGAGCAUGGACUUUGACAUUCGUCAUCAGAAACACGAGAGGCACGGAAAUGCUGAUGGGUUGACACGACUGCACCGAACCGAGAAGGUCCCCAAGAGCGAGGAAGUGAUUCCUUGGAACGAGCCGAAGGAUGAGAACGGACUGCGGAGGAGGGUAGACAGCGGCGGAAGGGAGCGGCGGGAGAGCUGGUCCGCGGCUCUGUCCCUCCUUCCUCCCUGCUGCGGCUGUUGCUGCUGCGGUAGAGUACACUCCCCGCCGGCCGCCGGCGGUUGGAGGGGGGCGAGGAUGCAGCCGCCUCUGCUGCAGGCUGUGGUGUCCAUGACCGCGUCGGGCGCGGGGAAGUGGGCAGGCGGACGGGUGCUGGGGGGGCUUGCGAAGGGCGGGGGCGGGGAAUCGGUCCGCGGUGCAUCCCGACUACUAUUGAUUCGCGUGGCGGGACCGUGCGCGCGCGCGCGCGCGCCCUGUCAGCCGUUGCCUCGUCACGUGUGUCAUCAUCCCACGUCGUCAUCGUCAUCUGGCGUUCUUCCGCCGGCUGCGCGGCAACAGCAGCAGCAGCAACGACGCGCCGUGCACUCUCUCCCGCGUAAUCACCACCUCCUUCCCGCCUCUCGAUUCCUGCGCGGCGUCCCCGCACCCGCACCCGCACCCGCCGACGCCGCCCCUUCCCUCCUCUCCUCCUCCUCUCAUUACUCCCACCUCUCGGUUUUCCGCUCAUCUUCGGCGGGGGUCCCCGGCAGCGCGUUGUUGUCGUGUAAGGGGGGCCUGUCGCUUUGCGCCGGCAGCGGAAGCAGCAGCAGUGGCAGCUGGGCUCCGCGAGUCCUUGGCGGGAACUCCGCUGGCACUGACGUGUCUCCCCAGGACUGCGCAGCGAAUCGACCCCUCCACGCGGGUUGUAUUAAAUCUCCCCCCCUCUCCUCCGCUCCGCUUGGUGGUCGCAACUCGCUCGCCGCUGCUGCCUUCUCCACGUUCGCGGCCUCCUCGUUGUUCUCGCGCAAGAUCAGCAGCAGCGCCGUCGCGCGCGUUGCGCGGCUGGAGCCUUCGUCUCAGGCGACGUCCACCUCCUGCCGGCAGGUCCACACAAUGGCGACAGAGAAUCCUUUCAAGCAGUUGUUGAGGGAUCUUCCUGAUGGCAGUGGUGGCAUCUAUGGAAAAUACUACAGUCUGAAAGCGCUAAAUGAUCCACGCAUUGAUAAGCUGCCGUAUUCCAUCAAGAUCCUGCUCGAGUCGGCAAUUCGCAACUGCGAUAAUUUCCAAGUCACCCAAAAAGAUGUCGAGAGCAUUAUCGACUGGGAAAGGACAGCACCUCAACAAGUGGAGAUUCCGUUCAAACCUGCUCGUGUGAUCUUGCAGGACUUCACCGGAGUCCCUGCUGUUGUCGAUCUAGCGGCCAUGCGAGAUGCUAUGGCACGCCUUGGUGGAGAUCCUUCGAAGAUCAAUCCACAGGUGCCCGUGGACCUUGUCAUCGACCAUUCAGUUCAGGUGGAUGUUGCAAAACAACCUAAUGCGCUUCAGAAGAACAUGGAGUUCGAGUUCCAGCGGAACAAGGAACGCUUUGCAUUCCUGAAAUGGGGGGCCAAGGCUUUCUCAAAUAUGUUGGUUGUACCCCCAGGGUCUGGGAUUGUGCACCAGGUAAAUCUGGAGUACUUGGCACGAGUGGUGUUCGAGGACAAAGGAGUGCUCUUCCCCGACAGCCUGGUCGGCACAGAUUCACACACAACAAUGAUUGAUGGGCUCGGUGUUGCUGGAUGGGGUGUGGGAGGCAUCGAAGCAGAAGCUGCCAUGCUAGGGCAGGAGCUGUCGCUCGCGGACCGUGCGACGAUCGCAAACAUGUCUCCUGAGUAUGGCGCUACGAUGGGGUUCUUCCCCGUCGACGGCAACACACUGGAGUAUCUUCACAUGACUGGUAGAGACAAGUCGAAGGUGGAAUUGAUUGAAGCUUAUCUUCGGGCAAAUGAUCUAUUCGUUGAUUACAAGCAGCCUGUUGACGACAAGGUUUAUUCUUCGCAUUUGGACCUUGAUUUGAACAGUGUGGAGCCUUGCCUUGCUGGACCAAAGAGACCUCAUGAUCGCGUUCCACUGCGGGAGAUGAAGAAAGAUUGGCAAGCCUGCCUGAACAAUCCAGUUGGCUUCAAGGGUUUUGCGAUCCCUGCGGCGAGUCAAGGGAAGGUGGCGAAGUUCACGUACGAGGGCCAGCCCGCGGAGUUGCGGCACGGCGAUGUGGUGAUCGCGGCCAUCACCAGCUGUACCAACACGUCCAAUCCGAAUGUCAUGCUGGGGGCUGGGCUGGUGGCGAAGAAGGCACUUGAGCGAGGCUUGAAUGUGAAGCCGCACAUCAAAACCAGUUUGGCGCCAGGCUCCGGUGUUGUCACUCAGUAUCUUGAAAAGAGUGGACUUCUUCCUGACUUGGAGAAGCUGGGCUUCUCUCUGGUGGGGUAUGGCUGCACCACCUGUAUCGGAAACAGUGGCGAGCUUCAUGAGGCUGUCUCCAACGCCAUCACAUCCAACGACAUAGUAGCCUCUGCAGUUCUCUCCGGCAAUCGGAAUUUUGAGGGAAGAGUGCAUCCUCUGACACGAGCGAACUACUUGGGGUCACCGCCGCUCGUGGUCGCAUAUGCACUCGCCGGCACGGUGGACAUAGAUUUUGAGAAGGAGCCGAUUGGGAAAGGAAAAUCAGGGAAGCCCGUCUAUCUUCGAGACAUCUGGCCAACCAAUGAGGAAAUAGCAAAGGUUGUGGAAACAGCGGUACUUCCCGAGAUGUUCAAGCAGACGUACGAAGUGAUCACCGAAGGCAAUGACAUGUGGAACGAGCUGGAUGCUCCCGAGGGCGCAUUGUAUGCGUGGGACGAAGAAUCGACGUACAUCCACGACCCCCCAUUCUUCAAGGGGAUGACAAAAGACCCCCCAGGCGUCUUCUCCGUGCACGAUGCGCAGGUACUUCUGAAUCUGGGCGAUAGCAUCACAACAGAUCACAUCUCACCAGCAGGGAACAUCCACAAAGACAGCGCUGCUGCAAAGUAUUUGAUGUCGAGAGGUGUGCAACGAAAAGAUUUCAACUCGUAUGGAAGCCGGCGAGGAAAUGAUGAGGUUAUGGCAAGAGGAACCUUUGCGAACAUCCGAAUUGUGAACAAGUUUCUGAAGGGUGAAGUCGGGCCAUCCACGAUCCACAUUCCCAGCGGGGAGAAGAUGCUAACCUUCGAUGCCGCCAUGAAAUACAAGGAGGAAGGCCGCGACCUUGUUAUAUUGGCAGGAGCGGAGUACGGAAGCGGUAGUUCCAGAGACUGGGCCGCUAAGGGACCUUACCUGCAGGGCGUCAAGGCAGUGAUAGCAAAGAGCUUUGAGCGCAUCCACCGCAGCAACCUUGUCGGAAUGGGCAUCAUUCCUCUGUGUUUCAAGCCUGGAGAAGAUGCAGAGUCUCUCGGUCUAACCGGUACAGAGCUUUACACAAUUGAACUCCCCAAGGAGAUCAAACCGGGCAUGGACAUUGAAGUCAAGGUCGACGAUGGGAGGCAGUUCACUUGUGUACUGCGAUUUGACACUCAGGUUGAACUGACCUACUUCGAGCACGGGGGGAUUCUGCAUUUUGUGCUGAGGCAGCUCCUUGCCUCACAGUGAUUUCCUAGUCUCCUCUUUGAAACAGUCCUGUUGCCAGCAUCUGCAGAUUUUGUUAGUCUUCGAAAAAAAAGGGAUUGUUCUCCCUCUUUUUGGGAAGCGCUGUUUUGUGCGCAUUCCCAACUCCGAAAAAAAAAGGAAUUUGGGAGUCUUCGAAAAAACGGAAUUCGUUGACCUUGCAUUGAUUGCGCAGUUGUUGGCUUUGGGCUGUCCGAUUUCGCUAUGGAACGUUGUAUUGAACGUGCAGAGGUCAGUCUCCUGAUGAGAGGAAGGUUUCAUAACCAUGAGAUGAAUGUUGCCGCGUCCGAUUUCGUGAUGCUCUCCAUUUUGGGGGAACGGAGGAUUGGGAGCGAAGGCCGUCGGUCUUGUGCACGUGCAAUCGGGUAGGAGAGUAGGAGAGUAGGAGAGUAGGGUAGGAGAAACCAAUGACACGCCUUUUAUCCCAAUGCGGUGCUCACAGGGGAGAGGAGAAAAUGUUGAGCAGGAGCUUUUGUCGGACUGUAAUUGCCUGCCCUGGAGCAUUAGUGGUUAGGAGGAAUCUGAAUCUGGACGCUUUCUGGACCAGAUGCAUUGCCGACAGGGAAUCCGUAUCUGCUGUGCUUUCUUAUGUUCGUACAGGUGCUUCGGUUGUUGCGAUCAGAGCACAUAUUGAUUACCAACAGAGCUCUCUUUGAAAGUGACAAAACUUUUUCUCGCCUCACAUUAUAUGCUGAUUCGUUUCGGAGUCCGAAUGGGCCUCGCUUUACUACUGAACAUAUGACAUGCAUUUGGACACCCUUCUGGACCAGAUGCAUUGGGAUGAGUGCAACAUUUUGGAUGUAUCGGGGUGAUUAUGACCUCCAGAUACACAUGUAGUGUUGUCUGGUGAAGUGAGGCCCGAUGUCCUGGAGUGGGAGAGAACUGCACAGCUGCGGAAAUCGAUAGCAAACGGAAGCGGUGCGUGUGUGUGUGUGUGUGUGUGUGUGUGUGUGUAGUGGAUCUGGCUUGUUCUUUCGUUCGGCGCAUUUCAUAGUCAGAGUCGCGAAGUCACUUUUUCGAGAAAAUUGCCACUUCAUGAAAACAAUUGCAGGGCACAAGGUGCUGGUCAGUCCUGCAUUGAAAAUAAGCAUAGUGUCUCUGAUGUGCAGACAAACACAGAGACAGAGAGAGAGAGAGAGAGAGAGAGAGAGAGAGAGAGAGAGAGAGAGAGAGAGAGAAUUUUGUUGAUAAUGAGGGGACAAUGCAGGAUAGCUCAACAAAAUGGUAGUAGUACAGUUGAGCGGCUAAAAGUGCGGAGCUGACGGAGUCUGGGGUCUGGGGCAGACAGGGAGGAGGGGGAGGGGAGGGAGGAGGGAGGGUGGGAGGAGGGAGGAGGGAGGGUGGGAGGAGGGAGGAGGGAGGGUGGGUUAAUGCCAAUUUUGGAUUGCUUUCGGGGGAAAGAGGAGCUAAACAACAUGAUCUGGUGCUGAGGGCCAAAAAUCAUCACAUGUGUUCUUGCCUUGUGGUACCCCCCUGGAUGUAUCUGACCGCAAUUUCAUUCGACUGUGUUUGUAGUGUACCUGUCCCACUUAACGCCAUCUUUUUCAAAAGCUGGGAGAAUACCUCCCAACAAUGAAAAAUGUAUUUUUUU